CAGAGGAAGUGAACAAACACAGGAAGAGCUGAUAGUAUUCAAAGAAAGAGUUUAUCAUACAGUAUAAUGAAGAGAAAGACUGAGAGAAAGAGAAAAUGUCUGAUGAGUGUCAUCUGUGUCUGCUGGGACUGAUCUUUCUCUCUUCACUUCUCACAGGUGUCAGUGGAGUGGAUGAUGUUCAUGUGUUCAUCAGUUCUGGUGAAGAUGUCCGUCUGCCCUGUAAUAAUACUCUUCAGGACUGUACAUCAACUACAUGGAUCUAUAAUAACAGAUUCAGUCAUUCAACAGCAGUUGAACUGAUUGGUUUAGGGAGAAAGAAGAAAGACACAGAGAGACAUGAGAGACUGAGUCUGGGGUCUGACUGCUCUCUGAACAUCAGGAACAUCUCAACAGAAGAUCAUGGAUCUUACAUCUGUCAACAAUGGACUGGUGUUGGUGGACCACGACUAAGACCUGAUGCUGGUGUUUAUCUGCAUGUUCUUCAUGUCUCAUCCUCACACACUGAGAUCAGUGCAGGUCUCUCUGUGUCUCUCUUCUGUCGGCUGUAUUCAUAUCCUCGAGUCUCUUGUGAUGAUUGGAUCCGUUCUGAGAGAAUUGAUCUGUUCUGGGUGAAUCAGGCUGGUGUUAAAUCAGACUCCAGAUAUCAGAUAUCAUCCUCAUCAGAUCAGUGUAUGAUCUCUCUGAAUAAAACACUCCUGAAUGAAGAUCACAACAGAGAGUGGAGAUGUGAAGUUACUGAGAGAGAUCAAGUCAAGACCUCAGUCACAUACACUGUCAAGAGUUCAGCUCAAGCUGAUUCAGGGACAGCAGGGAUUACUAUACAAGUGAUUAUGAUUGUUGCCGGCACUUCAUUCAUUCUUCUCCUUCUUGCUCUGAUUCUUUGGCUGAUGAUGCAUAAAAAAAGAUCCGCUGUCAGAAGAGCAACUGAUGACUCUGUGGAUCCAUCAUCCAGAGCUGGGAACAACUCAUUGUUUUGUGAGUCACAAGUAAAUUUUGAGUCUUUGCAUUCAAGUCUAGAGUCAAGACGGACAAGUCCAAGUCGAGAUGAGCAGACAGAUGAUGUGACUUAUACUGAAGUUACUGCGGUCAGUAAAGACAGAGCCAAGAACAAGGUUUGCUGUGAUGAUAAAGUGACUUACGCUUCCAUCGGAGGAGCAAAAGCCGGAGAUCAGGAAGACUGCAGUCAACUUUACGCUUCUGUGAACAAGAACCAUCACAAAUCAGGAAAAUAAUCAUAAGAUAAUCACACCAGCAGAGCAAUAUGAGCCUUAUGUAACUGACUCUUCAUGGUUUCAGUCAGUGCCAUUAUAUAUACGUUCAAUGUUUUUACAUGUUAAGAAGCAAGUUAUUGGUUAUUCUGGUCAGUAAGUGAUGUUUUUUUUUACAAUAUAUUUCCGUGUGUCUUUUUUAUUAAUUUAGACUCUGUUUGCACAAAGUCUAGAAAAUAGAGGAGAGUUUAACUCUCUUAGAUCUAUCUAAUAUUAUCUUGAGUGAUUAAUUAACUGUCAGCUUGCACUAAUUAUUGCAAAACUACUGUUGAUGAUGAUGUAAGUGUUUAUCAUAAUAUGACAGUAAUGAUCUUUUGGUGUUUGAACCGUUUGAACAGCUGCUUUCAGCAAUACUUGUAAAAUUAUAUUGUAUGUGUCACUAAAAAAUGUCCACUUAAAGUUUACUUUUGUACACUAGUCCUGGUUUCACAGAGAGCUUAAGUCAGGACUAUACUGUUUAAAAUUUGUGCAAGUUUAAUUAAAAUAUAGUAAAAAAAAAUGCUACAGAGGAAAAAAUACUGUAAAUAACAGUAAGUUUCUGUACUACAUACAGUGGAAAACUGUAAAAGAUCUAACCAGAUGAUUCAUGUCAUUGUACAGUAAAUUAUCAUAAAACAAUGUAUAAUUUACAGUCAAUAACUAAACAGAUAUCCCCUGACACUCACAGUUGAAAGUAUUUUGUUUAAAUAAUCAUGUUUCUUAAUAGUUUUUGUAAUCAUUAAUCUACAUUAAUUGUUUUAUGUUAUAUCUGCUGUUGUUUAAUGUAUGUUUAUUGCAUUAUUUAAGAGUUGUUUGUGUUACCCUGAUGGUGUUUUGUCUGAGGAUUGUACUGAUUGGAAGGACAGGAAAUGGAAAGAGUUCAACAGGAAACACUAUUCUGGGAAGAGAUGAUCAAAGCCAGAUGUGAUCCGAUUCAGUGACGUCUGCAUGUGAAAAGAGAAUUGGUGAAGUUGAUGGUCGAUCAGUAGCUGUUGUUGAUACUCCAGGACUCUUUCACACAUCACUGUCAAAUGAACACGUAGCAGAAGAAACUGUGAAAUGUGUUUCACUCUCGUCUCCUGGACCUCAUGUGUUUGUCAUUGUGUUGAGUUUGGGGAUAUUCACACAGGCUGAGAUGAGCACUAUAGAUCUGAUAAAGAAGAUCUCUGGUCCAAAAGCUGCUCAGUUCACCAUCGUUCUGUUCACUGGAGGAGACGAUCUUGAGAAUUGGUCCAUAGAAGAUUAUGUGAGACAACAUUCUUCAGAACUGAAGAAACUGAUCAGUGAUUGUGGAGACAGAUUCCUGGUUUUCAAUAACAGAGAAACAAAAGACAAAAUUCAAGUGAUUCAACUGUUAAACAUGAUAGAAGAGGUGAAGAACAGUAAUGAGGGUCGAUACUUCACUAAUGUUUGAGGAGGCUGAGAUGUCCACAUUAAAAAAAAAAAAAUAAACUUUGGACCAACAAAAAAAAAAAAAAAAAUGCUGUAAUUUUCAUUUGGUUGAAACUUUUCAUAUCAACCAAACUAUUUAUUCUGGCCAAGAUUAAAAAUUACACUGAAACAAAGUUAAAAUAUAGUUUUUUAUGGAGACCAAAUCAUUAUUUUUACUUUGGAAAAACUUACUGACUAAACUAAAUAAA